AUGCCGCUGGUGCCGAUCCCGCGGCGGGUGCGCUCCUUCCACGGCCCGCACACCCCCUGCCUGCGCGCGGCCAGCGGGCCUGUGCGCGCCUCGCCGCUGGCGCGCACUGAGCACCGCAACUUGGACGUGUACGUGAAGCCACACAGGCUGCACGGCUUGCUGCGCUUCCUGCUGUGCCUGGGCUGCAGCCUGCUCAGGGCCGCGCUCUGCUGCCUGCAGUACCUGGGCGUGCGGCUGCUGCGUGGCCGCCGCCGCCUGGACUUCCGCCUGCCCUACGACCUGCUCCUUUUAGGCAUCCACGCGACCCUGCCGCUGCUCGGCGGCCUGAGCUGGUGUUUCAUGGUCUUUGUGGACAUGUGAGCGCCCGCGCCGAGGGCUGAGACCUGGGGUUCCCCGCUGCACCCUGGCUGCGCAGCUGUGAGCAGGUUUGGGGGGCUGAGUGCCCU